AUGGACCUCCCGUGGCUGGAUCUGCCCUUCACCUUCCUGACGCUGCUCCUCGCCACCCGCCUCGCCUACGACUACUACGGCGACGUCGCCGCCGCCUUCGCCGGCGGCUUCUCGAUCCAGGUCUUCCUCUUCUACUGCUUCGCGCGCUGGUACCGCUACGUAAUCGCCGGCCGCGCCGGCGACGAUGCUGGGGGCCGAGACGACCCGUCGCCGUCGGUGCGGCCGCAGCAGCAGCAGCAGGGGGACGCGGACGCCGCGCCCGUGCUGACACCGCUGCUAGGGUCGCAAGACGGCGUGCGGCCGUCGACGCUGGCCAACCGGUGCUUCGCCGUGGUGUUCAUGGUCUUCGUGCCGCUGGUCAUCGUCGUCUUCGAGCGGAGCCAGGCCGACGUCGUGGCCUACGCGCUCUGCCUCGCCAACUUCAUCGUCAUGGUCGUCUGGCUCUCGCCGGGCACCGGGUCAACGGUCUCGGCCGCCAAGUCGUUCCUGCGGCUCAGCGACGACGACGACGGCAGCGGGGGCAGCGCCGGCGGCGCAGAGGACAAGUGCUGCGUCUGCCUCGCCGGCAUGCGGGAGGACCAGGCGCUCCGGGCGCUGCCGCGGUGCCGCCACCGCUUCCACCACAAGUGCAUCGGCAAGUGGCUCAAGGCGCACCCGACCUGCCCUGUGUGCCGGGCCACCGCCGUGCCGCCGCCGCUCCACAGCGGCGGCAGUGAUCCGCUAGAUGACGAUAUUAGCCCUGUCUAG